AUGCUACGCUCGUCUUACAUUUGGUUUCAUGGGCAGGCAGCGCGAUCGCAUUCCGUGCUUGCAGCACUCUUACGCAUUCGGCAGCAGUACCAGCGCCCAUCACAUCUUAUUAAUCGCCGGGAUGCAUCGUUGCAGGUGAUAUUCCCCUCGCGUGACCUCUCCAUCUCCUUCUCGCAGGAACGGCAGCAGUUGGUGGAUGAGGCGAUGAAAAUACUCCGAAAGGAAGUGCGUGGCGGUGAUACACUUUCAGAUGUCGAUGCCGCCUCUGCCGCCUUUUGCGUCGAGGUGGGAAAGUUGUUGAGUGUUUCGGCCGUUUUUGGGGCCGCCACGACAACCCCUCGCGUUGCCGAGGCACUGCAGUGGGUACGCACGAACAAGAAACAGUUGGUGUCCACUCGGCAGGUGAUGUCCAUCUGCGUGCCACUGCUGAACCUCAAGGAUGGCAAGACAGCUGGCCGGCGUUUCGUGAUUGAGGAACUCAGCGGACCGCUGCUGCAAGCAUUGGAGAGUCCAGCAUCGCCAACGGUGUCCUCCGAAUCGGAUUUAAAACAGCAUCGAAGUGCUAUCGUCUCUGUCUUUAGUCUUGUGGGAAGACUGCUGGAAAGUGACGGCGGUGAUGCGGAUGAAGGGAAGAAGGUUAUGGGCGAGGAAAGUGUCUUUCCCGACCCACCGGUUGAGGAUCGCCCGAUGGUCUAUCAGAGGACAUUAUUGUUUUUUACAAAGGCCGUUGAUGCGCUUCUGACUUUGGCGGAGCAAUCGCUUCCUCCACUUGAGAUUUCAGAGUCUGUCUACAUACUGCAGGCCUGCCAACGCCUUGAAAGGGAUUCCGAAGGCAGAUCCAUAGAAGAGGUGAGGGCUGGACUGAACAGGGUUCGGCCAAUGAUUGACGCGGCGCUUGGUCCAUCCACGGCGGGGACGACCAAACGACCUGGUGAUGUUUGUCAACUACUGUCUGUAGCGUCGAAGCUGCAAGAUACACAUCACAUGGCGGAUUUGUCUCGUGCCGCUCUUGGGCUUUUACCCCUUGCAUUGGCCUCCGCGUCUGCGAAGGACAUUUGUGCGGCACUUCAGGUGCUAGUGCGAUUGUCUGGCAGCUCACCGGAGGUCACGGAGCCAUUGCUGCUUCGGCGUGUCCUGGAGGCGGUGCGUCCAAAGCUAUUUCUUAUUGCUGAAACACAUCCAGCUUCAAUGCGACAUGUCGAGUGCUCGUUGCUGAUGUCUACUCUCUCUCGCCUUGAGGAAGAACUGGCGGAUGAUCUUGUGAAUCUCCUUUGUGGUUGCUUUACCGCUUCCAUGGAUUUGGUUCAGCCAGCCCAACUUAUUCCGUUUCUGCAAGGUCUAUUCAGGUGUAGCGAAGCGGCCUCACGAUCUUCGGCGGACACACACAACGUACCCUUCUGGGAGGUUGCUCGUCUUCCCUCAGUGCGUCCAUGCAUUGAAAAGGCAGCGGAUCGCGUCAUUGCCUGGGCAGCUGCGGAUGCAAUAACGGAUUCUGAAUCGGCACAAUUAUUGCUUUUGUUUUCCCAGCUGCGGUACAACAGGGUGUUAGCUGUCUACGUGGCGUUGGAGAAAAAAUUGGUGUUGACUGUCGAUCAUUUGUCAAGGGGCUUAUCCAACGAUAACAGCAACGGCAAUGUUGCUGAGAGUAGUGGUAGUAGUGACCGUAUUGGUAGUGGUGAUGAUGAUGUUGCUGGCCAUGUGGUUGGCGGCGAUGACGGGAGCCCAGAACCCAAGCAGAGGUCAUUGGCAGCCGCCAACGGGAUAGCCCUUACAUCUGCUCUUAUGAACGCCUUGUAUGCCUUUCAAAAUGAAGCGGUAACCGUUGUACGAGAGGAGGAGGAGUGCCUUCAGCGUGCGGGGAAGUUGUAUGAGACUCUGCGACAGGGCGCCAUGGAAAGUCUCACGCGAACACGUAACCCAAAGGCCUUCGUGAUGCUUUUGCAUGUUCUUAUGCCUGAAGGGAAAAGAGGAAGAGGAGGAAGAAGUGCCACUCUGGAAAGCGAUGUGACGACGGCAUCCGUGGUGAAUUCCGGCUCGCGGCCAUUGGAUGCCGUUGCACCUCAGGUCUGCCUUCUUGCACCCGUCAGCAACGCGUACGAAGUUGGGGCAAUCGCCAAGGCCGUUGGAGAAUUUAUGGCGCAUGAGCUCAUUGGGGAGGAGGGGGCGCAAAGGGCCAUGGAGGCCAUUUUGGAACGGAGUGAGGCGGUGGAGUUGAGUUCUUAUGAUGCGCAGUCCCUCCUGGAGGGUAUGCGAAGGGUACGCGUGGUGUCAAUCCCUCCGUCACUUCUUCACCGCCUUGCGACGCUCCUGCAGAAUACACCCCAAAAGACAACAAUGAUGCUUCGACGCCUGUUGCCGGUUUUGAAGACCAUCACGAUGAAACCCAUUUUGCAGGAAGCAUUAAUUAAACUCACGGAGGUUGCGAUGGCGAAUGCGUGCACCAUAAUGUCCACCAACGCCUCAUCACCCCCACCGCUUCGUGACACGGCUCUUCUUGCCCAUGUUCUGGCGCAGCUGUACGAUUUGUCCUUGGAGCCGCUUGUGCUGAACCUUGUGGUGAAGGAAGAGAUGGGAAUGACAGAGGAGGCGGAGGAAGAAACAAAAGAAGACGAAAACGGGGAAGGGGAAGCUGAUUUUUUGGAUGAUGGUACAACUGAUGAGCCCGAUGAAUUUAUUCACCAUCAACACCACCAUCAUUUAUUAACCGUAACGAAAAAGGCAUUUUUGGCUUUGGGAGAUGUUGCCUGUUCUUCCCUACAGCAAAAUGUUGAUUCCGCUGAUGGCUUAACGUGCACGCUGAUCCCACCUCAGGAAAUUGUUAUGCUCGUACAGAGUUUUGAGAAGGUGGGAGUUAGACAUCACGCGCUUCUCUAUGAAGUUGUUCCGUUAGUGCGAGACAUGUCUGGGUCCAUGGAGCCGCUGGAGCUUUCUUUAUUACUUAAUGCCUUUGCACGUCUUGGUGCAUGGAAUGGGCGCGUUUUAAAUACACUGGCUAGUAAUGUUGCAGCGCAAAUAAAGACAUGUAGCCUUAAGCAGUGUCAGUCCAUCUUGCAGGCUCUCCAGUCCUCCGGGUUUCUUCGCCCUGGUGCCUUCUUGUCAACGACGGAGUACAAAACAACUCUGUUGCGGGAUUGGCGUCCUGCGUGCACCCCCACAACACAGGCGUCUAUCGAUCCGCUUGUGGUGCUUGCGACAAGCGUUGUGGAACGCAUGACAACACUCGUUGAGCGACCCGAGUCUGUUUCUGCCAUGUUGGAGUCUCAGAGUCUGGAGGAUAUCGCCGCGGUUGUCCGGGUUCUGGGCUUUUUUGUCCAACCGCCACAACCGGCCUUUGACACGUACUUUGAGAUGGCGAUGAAGAAGUUUGUACUGGACAGUAAAGAUAUCAUGGAUGACAGUUCACCACUUAGGCAGAGGAAGUGGUUGAUGGUUGCCCUUUCUCUCAAAGGGCACUUGGAUAAACUGCGGCGGUAUCAUCGGCAAUGCAUCUCUGCUCAGGCCAUGGCAGAUUCCAUCACUGCUCAUGAGACGACUUUGCUUUCACUGACACCGGGACUGCGUCUGAUGCCGGAGGAAAAGGUGGCGGACCUCUAUUACACAUGCUGUGUCUUUGCCAUGGUGUAUAAUGUCAAAUUUUCCCCUGAGGCGGCUUCGACUAUUUUGCAGGUUAUUUCCGAGAAACUGCAGGAGGAGGAUGUCGCCCGAAACCCUCGGCGUGUCAGCAGCGCACUGCGACAUUUGACAAAACUAUCGUUUAAACGCAUCGGCGCUCCAGGUAUUGUCCAUAAAAUUGCGUUGGACUCGGCGUGGCACCUUGUUGCGCAGCUGCAAGGAAAUGCAGCUGAGGAAAGGAAUUGCAGUUCGCCUGAAUGCUCAUCAUCGGCGGCUGCGGUGAUGUUGGAAGUUCUAUGCAUGAGCCAUCUUUUGGCUCUCCCAUAUUUGGUGGAAGAAAAACAAAAAUUGCAGCAGGUGUUGUUUUUCUUUUCAAAUCACCUGCGAAAGAAUGAUAUUUCAAGACUUUCUGCAGCAGAAUGUUCUAUCCUUGUUUUGUCUACUGCUGUGGGAACGGCUAUGCAAAGUCGUUGUCAAGUUAACGUGGCAUGGCUGGAAGAGGUACAGCAUGGCAUUCUCUUGAAGGAGAAACAUCUGUCCGUUCACGAUGCGGUGAAUAUUCUUCUUGCUGGGGCUCUGUGCUGUGAUGAGAGUAUUGUGCAGGCGGAGACAGUACGGUGUGCCUCGCGUGUGCUAGUGGGUCAGAUGGGUAAAACAGAUUGGACAGGAUUGCGGUUACUGCCGGAGCUUUAUCGUCUUGCGACAGCUGGGGACGCCUGCUUCAUGGCGUGGUGCAAACGACUCCAGCAGGUGGCUGGGGACGACACCACUGCGCCUGUUGCUGGCGGCGUGUUGGAGGUCUUUGAACGAGUCCUGCCGGCACUACUGCGGGCUUUGCGCUCUGCCGAAAAGGGCACCACACCGACGUUGUGUUGGCAGUGCCGGGUAGAUGUGGCUGAGCAAUACCAGCGGUGUGCAAAGACGUGUGGGGACGAACGGGGGCUGGCCGAUGCCCUUGCAGAACUGGUGAAGAAGGAGACAUGUGCUUCCUCGUAA